AGCCGUCGACCAAUCAUGAUGAGUGUGGAGGGUGAUGACAAGAGAACUCGCACUCGGUCCAAAGGAAUCAGAGUUCCUAUUGAGCUCGUAGGACAAGAGCUGAGCUGCCCCACCCCUGGAUGCAAUGGCUCCGGCCACAUCAGUGGGAGAUACUCACGACACAGAAGCGUGCUGGGCUGCCCCAUUGCCAAACGCCGCCUGGAGGAGGCAGAAGCUGAACAGGAGCAAGAGGAGCAGGAUGCAGAGCAGCCUGCCUAAAGGGAACCAAACCCUCUGAAAGUGGUGCUGGACGAAGGCUUCAGCGCAGAGAGCGACGGCAGCAGUGAGGCUUGAGGAAGAGGGAGAAAAAGAUGGAGAGAAGACUAAAGAGGAAGAGGAGUAGAGGAGGAAGAAGAGGUAGGGAGCAGGAGUAGAGGAGGUGACAAAUGGACACGAGCAGGAGGAGGUCACAGAAAGAGGAAGAGGGAGAGGGAAGAAGAGGAGACCUUUCAGAAGGAGGAGGAUACAGGUGCAGCUAAUGAAGAAGAAGAAUGUGUGAUCAUCGAGCCUGAGCAAAACAGCCCCCCUACAGACGAGUGUCCGUCUCCCUCUCAGAGCGCAGAGGACGUUGCAAACUCUCUCCUCCACCUCGGCCGAGUCUCUGACAACGAUGCUCCGACUACGGCCCUUCAGCAGCCUGUUGCUAUGGAGACUGAGGAGGAUAUCGCCGUGGCAGCAGCACGGGGUGAAGAAGCAAAGGAUGAGCAGGAGGAGGGGGCCAUGGAGUAGGAGGAGGGGGAGGAAUAGGAGGCACACCAGUUUCAAGUGUCAGUAGAGUCAUCUGCUGAACAGAAGGAGGCAACUGAGCAAGAGAGGGAGGACGAGUAGGUGGAAGAGGAAGAGGAAGCAGACCAGGUGAGCCAGGAGGACCAGACGUACCUGUCCAAGCAGAUCAUAGAGGACAAAGAGGGGGAGGAAGAAGAGGAUGGGGAGGAGGGAGAGGAGGAGGAUGGGGAGAUGUCAGCCCAGCACAGCAGGACAGAGCACUCCAGUAGGAGAGGAGAUGAGGAUGAGGGAGAGGAGGAAGAGGAGCACCACAGCCUGCCUGUCUCUGACGGGCCAGCCGCCGUCGCACCAUCACCAGCACCGCCGCGCUCAGGAUCAUACACCGAGGACCACAGAGCCAGUCCUCCACUGGACUACAACUCCCACAGGGCCAGUCCCAAAAACUACAACUCCCACAGAGCCAGUCCUCUCCACAAUUAUGACUCUCACAACCCUCUUCAGAGCUACAAGUCCAGUCCUCCGCACGGCUUCAGGGCAAGCCCUCUAGCGGACUUCUUCCCCAACAUCCGAGCAGAGAACUUUAAACUCCUCAAAGCCUCGUCCUCCACCUCGCCCGACAUUAUCGAGGUCAGGUCGGACCGGUCCGAGGAGAAGGACUUUGACGAUGUUGAUGGGGAUGACGAGCGUGACGAUGAGGACAGCCUGUCUCACCACUCCUCGGUGACGGAUGAGUCUGAGAUGUUUGACAUCACGAGGGGAAACCUGGGCCUGCUGGAGCAAGCCAUCGCUCUGAAGGCGGAGCAAGUGAAGCCAGUCGGGCCUCGAGAGCUGCUUUGUGGCCCCGACCUCCACCACCAGAGAUACUUCACCAUGGACGACAGGCCCAAACACCUGGACGUCCUGCGCAAGAGCUACUUCAGCAAAGAGAGCAGCAGGCCAGAGAAGAGGGAGAUCAAGUGUCCUACCCCGGGGUGUGAUGGGACGGGUCACGUGACCGGUCUUUACCCCCACCACCGCAGCCUGUCAGGCUGUCCGCACAAGGACAGGAUUCCCCCUGAGAUUUUGGCCAUGCAUGAGAACGUGCUGAAGUGUCCCACACCUGGCUGCACAGGCCAGGGCCAUGUGAACAGCAACCGCAACACACACCGCAGUCUCUCUGGAUGUCCCAUCGCUGCUGCAGAGAAACUGUCAAAGGGCCACGACAAGCCGCUCCUGUCCCCGCCCGGCACCGAGCUCCUCAAAGGAAGCCCAAAUGACAGAGUGCUCAGGCCCAUGUGUUUCGUGAAGCAGCUGGAGGUUCCUCCAUUCGGCAGCUACAGGCCCCACAUGGGCCCCACCACGCCCCGUGCCAACCUGGCCAGGGAGCUGGAGAAGUACUCCAAGGUGUCCUUCGAUUAUGCAAGCUUCGACGCUCAAGUGUUCGGGAAGCGCAUGCUUGCUCCAAAGAUGCCCACCAGCGAAACCUCACCUAAAGCCUUCAAAACUAAACCCUCCUUCCCCAAAUCGUCGUCGCCCAGCCUCAGUCUCCACGGUUACGGGAAGAGCUCCUCAUUGGCCUACGAUUACUCCCAUGAUGCCGAGGCUGCUCACAUGGCUGCCACCGCCAUCCUAAACCUGUCGACACGCUGCUGGGAGAAACCCGAGAACCUCAGCACCAAACCUCACAGCAAGGAGAUGGACAUCGAGGUGGACGAGAACGGCACUCUGGACCUGAGCAUGAAGAAGCCCAUUAAACAUGAGGGCAGUCUGUCUGGCACCAGCCCCGGGGUCCGCUCCCCAGACCCUUCCUCCUCCUCCUCCUCGCUCCAUCCCGGCAGCGGCAUGACAUCACCGAACCUGCUCGCCUACAAACAGGAGGAGUGGGAGGGGCCUCUGGAUUACACCAAACCCAACCGCCAGAGGGAGGAGGAAAUGGACGAGAUGGAGCUCACGGGUCACUCGUACGUCUCGUCUGACCCGGAGGACUGUGACAUGAUGCAGGACGGUCUGGAGGACAGGAAGUACCCGGGAGAGGUCACCACCCCGAGCUUUAAAGUCAAGUUUCAGCCCAAGGACGCCAAGAAAGAUCUGCUGUCGUGUCCCACACCUGGCUGUGAUGGCAGCGGUCACAUCACUGGAAACUACGCCUCCCACCGCAGUCUGUCUGGGUGUCCUCUCGCUGAUAAGAGCCUUCGGUCCCUCAUGGCGGCCCACACCCCUGAACUCAAAUGUCCCACUCCCGGUUGUGAUGGUUCAGGUCACAUCACAGGAAACUACACCUCCCACAGAAGUCUCUCUGGGUGCCCGCGUGCCAAGAAAAGUGGAAUUAAAACUCCUACCAAGGACAACCAGGAGGACUCGGAGCUUUUAAAAUGUCCGGUACCCGGCUGUGACAGUUUGGGUCACAUCAGUGGGAAGUACGCCACGCACCGUAGCGCGUACGGCUGUCCACUGGCCGCCCGCAGACAGAAGGAGGGUCUCCUGAACGGGACCCCCUUUAACUGGAAAGCCUUCAAGACAGAGGGACCCACGUGUCCCACGCCCGGCUGUGAUGGCUCUGGUCAUGCCAACGGGAGCUUCCUCACACACCGCAGCCUCUCAGGAUGCCCCCGAGCUCUGUUCGCCAAGAAGAAGGCCAAGUUCCCCUCAGAGGAAUACCUGAGCACCAAGUUCAGAGCCAGCGAUGUUCUGGACAACGACGAGGACAUCAAGCAGCUCAACAAAGAGAUCAACGACCUCAACGAGUCUAACAAUGAGAUGGAGGCCGACAUGGUCAACCUGCAGACACAGAUCUCAUCCAUGGAGAAGAACCUGAAGAGCAUCGAGCACGAGAACAAGAUGAUCGAGGAGCAGAACGAGGCUCUAUUCAUGGAGCUGUCGGGUCUGAGCCGCGCCCUGAUCCGCAGCCUAGCCAACAUCCGCCUGCCACACAUGCAGGAGCCAAUCACAGAGCAGAACUUCGACCGCUACGUGAGCACGCUGACCGACAUGUACACCAACAAGGACUGCUUCCAGAGCCCGGAGAACAAGGCUCUGCUGGAGAGCAUCAACAAAGCUGUGAAGGGCAUCAAAGUCUGACGCUCCUCACACACACACAUACAAACACACACACAGACAAACACAUACACACAUGCUGGGAGAGAAUGCACACUGUCCUGAAGCACUGGAGCGUGACGGAGACGAGAGAUGUUGAAAUACUCGACGAUAUAUUGAAAUAUGAUUUAAAAACAAAAAGGGAAUUCAGGUUUUUUAAAUAAACGGCAACUUUAAAGAAAUCAUCCCAGGGAGCACUCUGAGAGAGGAAGAGGACCAAACCAGACCAGGACCCGGACCAGGACCCGGACCUGAACCAGGACCCAGGACUCUGCAGCGGAGCAGGUGGAGCAGAGAGAAGAACGUAUCGUUUAUUCUGCUGUGUGUUUACCUGUCGUCUCUUUGUGUCUGUGGAGGACGCUCUGCACGAUGAAGAGGAGGACGCUCUGCACGAUGAAGAGGAGGACACACAUGAAGACUGUCCUGUGAUUCAUCACCACACACACACACACACACACACACACACACAGGUUAUUUGUGUGUUAGUGUGUCUGCUCUGCAGCACAGACGUCAAAAGACAGAUCCAGGAUCAGUGUUUGAUACCAUGAGUCAGCCCCGUGUCUUUUUUCCGACCUGAGACGGUGAAGACGAUGAUGAUGAUGAAGAUUAUGAUGAUGAUGAAGAUGAUAGUGAUAGUGUGCACACAUUCUGAUCAGUUAGUCAUAUCAAUAGUAUUUAUCACCAUAGGAAUUGCACUUCAUUUCAAUGAGUAGUUUUGUGCUCUAAUAAUUAUUGUUAUAUAUGAAUUAUUUAAACGUGUGAACUUUAAAUUAUUGCCGUUUAUGUUAUUGAGGUUUAUUUAUUUGAAGCAAUCUAUUUAUUAUCUUUGUUUUUGUAACACGCUGCGGAAGCUUCUGUCCUGAUUCUGCCGUGGUGGCGCUCCGCUCGCCUCGGUGAGAAUCAAAAAGAGAUUUUGUUGAGUACUUUUUAAACCUUUUUAAUUGCAGAUGUUUUAUAACUGAGAAAAUCUUUUGAUAAUAUUACUAAAGUUAUUUUGGGGUUGUUUUCUCCUUCGCUCUGUUUUCUUUUGUUACAGUCAGAAAUCCACGUCUGAGAAAAAGAAAAUGUAUUUAUUAUUUAUUGAAUAUGAAAGAAAUGGACUGAUAUGGCUGUAUAUUUAUUUUGUUAUUUAUGUGCGUGAUGUGACGGUUGAGUCUGAGUAGUCCUAAAUCCACUGCUAAUAUUUAAAUAAAGAAACCUUACAGACA